CAACAUGCUCUACUUGGAUGCUGAACGUCUCCAUGAUCUGAAUGCUUUUCCAUUGCUUUUGGAGGCCUGGGGAAAUCUGUGUUAAGCCUUUCUAAGAUCUGCUUUGCCUCAGAUCUCGUUGUAUCGAAGCCAAACCUGGUCAUCUUUUUGGAGCCAGAGAAGGAGCUCUGGGAUAUGAGGAGAAAGAAGAAAGUAACCAUCCACCCAGCUGUAUCUUCGCAUGGCACCCAGAGUUUCCUGUCAAAGCUGUGCAUAGAAGCUUCUUUCCAAAACGUGGCAGUGGGUAGAUAUAAACAUAGUGCCCUUGAGAAUUUACACUUAAUGAUAGACUGGAAAAAUGAUGGGGAGAGUGAAGAGCAUCAAAGAUAUCAUGAAGGACAUAUCCAAACUGAGACAACUGUCCGUAAUAUGAAUCUCACUGCCCAAAAUGGUGAAGGAUAUAAAACAUUUUGGAAAACAUCCCUUAAGUCUGCUAUUUCUGCAAAGCAGUGUGUUUCUAUAAGCAAAGGCUCAAAUCAAAUGGUGAAAGAUACAUAUUUGGAGAACGAAAAGUUGGAAAAUCUGGAAAGUUACUUAGUCCAUCCUGAAAAUAAUUAUUUGAACCACCUUGAAAGUAGAAUUGGAUUGACCUUUGAGUCAAAUAUUUCUGAAAAUCAGAGAUUUAAAAAUGAAGAACAGAGUGCUAAGUGGGAUCCAUUUGAGAAGCCUUUUACUGAGGAAUUAACCCUACAAAACGACCAGAGCAUUUUCAAUGAAAACAGAAUUGCUCAAUGCAAUGAAUCUGAGAAAAAAUUUAACCAGGGUUCAAAUGUUAAUAAACACCUAAGGAUUCAUUUUCCAGAGAAUCAUUAUGAAUGUGACAAAUGUGUGGAAGUCUUUUAUCAAAGCUCCAACCUGAUUAUACAUAAGAGUAACCCUAUGGGAGAGAAUCCUUAUAAAUAUAAUGAAUGUGGGAAGUCUGGUAAUCAGUCCUCCAAUGUUGGUGAUUAUCAGAGAAUUCACAUGCAUAGAUGUAAUAAACCUGAGAACAUGUUGAGUCAAUCAUCAGAACUAAACAUACAUAACACAGUCACUACUGAACAGAAAACUUAUAUUUGUGAGGAAUGUGGUAAGGCCUUUGACUGGCACUCAUCAUUGUCUCAACAGCCAAUGCAUAUUGGAGAGAAACCUUACAAAUGUGAAGAAUGUAGCAAGGUCUUUAUCCACCACUCACAUCUUAUUCAGCAGGACAGAAUUCAUCCUGGAGAGAAACCUUACCAAUGUGAAGAAUGUGGAAAGGCCUUUAACCAGCACUCAAUGCUUACUCGACAUCAAAGAAUUCACACUGGAGAGAAACCUUACCAAUGUGAAGAAUGUGGCAAGGCCUUUAACCAGCACUCAAAUCUUAUUCAACAUCACAGAAUUCAUACUGGAGAGAGACCUUACCAAUGUAAAGAAUGUGGCCAGGCCUUUAAUCAUCACUCAAGCCUUACUCAACAUCACAGAAUUCACAGUGGUGAAAAACCUUACCAGUGUAAAGAAUGUGGCCAGGCCUUUAACCAGCAUUCAAACCUUACUCGACAUCACAGAAUUCACAGUGGAGAGAAACCUUACAUAUGUAAAGAAUGUGGCCAGGCCUUUAAUCAGCACUCAAAGCUUACAGAACAUCUCAGAAUUCAUACUGGAGAGAAACCUUACAUAUGCAAAGAAUGUGGCCAGGCUUUUAACCGGCACUCACAUCUUACCCGACACCACAGAAUUCAUAGUGGAGAGAGACCUUACCAAUGUAAAGAAUGUGGUAAGGCCUUUAAUCAACAAUCAAAGCUUACUGAACAUAACAGAAUUCAUACUGGAGAGAAACCUUACAUAUGUAAAGAAUGUGGCCAGGCCUUUAACCGGCACUCACAUCUUACUCGACAUCACAAAAUUCAUAGUGGAGAGAAACCUUACAUAUGUAAAGAAUGUGGUGACACCUUUAUCCAGCACUCACAUCUGACUCGACAUCACAGAAUUCAUACUUGAGGGAAUCCUAAGCAAAGUAAAGAAUAUGUCGAGGCCUUUAAGCAAUGCUAAAGCCUAACUCCUGAUCAGAGGAUUUAUACUGGAGAUUUUGCAAACAUGAUUAAUUUGGCAAGCCCUUUAAUCAGAAUCAAGGUUUAUUCAACAUCAGAGACUUCAUAUUUGAGAAAAAAAACUUAAAUGUAAAAAAUGGGUUAAAACCUUUAUGAUUGCUUAACCAUUACUCAACAUCUCAGAGUUCAUACUGAGGAGAAACAUUACAAAGGUAAAAGAAUGUCUCAAGCCUUUAGCUGGAACUCACAACUUACUCAAACAUCAUAAUUCUCAUACAGCAUAGAAACUGUAAAAUAUAAACUAAAUUGCAGUGCCUUUAACUUGAAUUCAAUCCUUAAUAUCUGAAAAUGCACACUAGAUUCAAGUCCUACAAAUGUAAUGAAUGAAGAAAGACCUUCAUUUUAAUAUACACUGUAGCAAACACCAGAGAGACCAUAAAGGAAAAUAACUUAAAAGACACAAAUAUUUAGAAAUAUAUGUAAGUGAACUUCAAAUGUCGAAAAUGCCAUAGAAAUCAAGUAGAAAGCACUACAUCAUCAAAAUACUCAUGAUAAGGAAUAAUAAUAAAGUUAAACUGUUAGAAAAUGUAUAUGCUCUUAUGCUUCAGAAGAUUAAGUUGAUGGAUAUUUGCAUAGGUCUAAUUAAUUUCAAUUUCAAUAUGUGCUUUUUUUUUUACAUUGACCGUAUUUGAGAUUUGUGUCUAGUAAAUAAUGUAUUUCUACUCUCAAGUCACUUCAGCAAAUUCAUUUAUUUUUAGUGUGUGUGACAUUAUAUGACUGAUGUUGCUACAUCAAAGAUAUGAGAUCCCAGCUUCAUUAGGUGGGCCUCAUGCAUAUCUAAGUGUCCAUGGAAAAGGAAGGACAAUAUAAUAUACAAUAUAUAAAGAAAAUCUAAGUAAAGAUAUUGUUUGUGGUUAUAAUAUUAACUACAGUUGUCAUGAUGUACAUGUUCAGAACAUCAUUCUCCAUUUAUUAAAACUAAAGAACUUCCUGAAUAUUAUAAUUUAAAUAUUUUACCAACUGGUAUUGUAGGAAAAAGAGGUGGAAAUCCAGUAAAAUACUGAUGUAUCCUCAUGAUAGCAAUAGUUAGAAGUAGAUAAUAUUAGUGGAUGUGGUUGAAAGGAAGAAAUCCUUACAGUAGAAAGAGGAUAGCUAACUCUUCCUCGACAUGACAUACAAUUUGUACAUCCACAUUUGGUGAGAAUACCUCAUGCCUGAAAAUUAUUGAAAUCACUACUCCCACAUCAGUGCUUGAAUACUUUUUAAUGCUUCUGUAGAAGGAUGUAAGGAUAUAAUCCUUGAGCAAGAAUUAUGAAGGGGAUUGAAAUGCAUAACUUAGUCUAUUUGUGAACUUAAUAUAUUUUACUUAAUAAAACAAUGGUUUUUACCAUGUUAAUAUGGAUAUGUAAUGAAUGAAAUGUUAUCCGACUACCAGUGUUAACCAGUCUCAUUUUAUAUAAGGUUGUAGGUAGCUGAUGGUAUCUAUCACCUAUUUUGUAAUGCAGUGGAAAUAUAUCUAGUAAUCCAUUUUCUCAGUGGCCUUAAUGUUUAGAUAAUGUGUGAUUAUUUUUUUCCCUUAGCAUAUCUAUUGUAUCAUUUUCUCCUCCUUGGGACUAGUGGGAUAAUAUAAUGGAUAUACUAUAGAUAGUAUAUGGGUCUUAUUGACUGAUUGAAGUACUCCACGAUAAUGCCAUUUGGCAUACAUUUUGUAUGCGCAGUAGUUUUGCAGGGGACUUGAAGUGAAACAAGACCAUAUCACUAGUGCAUUCCGUACAUGACACCCUAUAGAAUCAGAAAUUAAUGUACCUUCCAAUUUGACAUUCCCAGCCUACGCUUUUGAGCAACCAUUUCUUGUCUCCCAUGACUUUCCCCUCCUGUGUCCCUUAGAGAAGACUCAGAGCUUACAUAAACCUGUUUUAGUUUGAAUGGCCUAAUCUGGAUUUUGAUCAGGGACUCUAAAAGCACUCUCCCAUAGCCCCUAAUAACAGUAUGUGCCCCAUAUCAUAAGUGUGGGUGUUUUUUUUUCAUGUUUCUGUGAAGUAAACAUACACUUUUAACAAUGGUUGUUGUGUAAUAGAUAACCCAUAAGUUAGAGAAAUAUAUUCCAUUAGGAAUGAUCUUGUAGCCCCAGGUAAGAGAAAAUACAGAAGUUGAGGAAUUGGCAUGAAUUCUGCAUGUGGAGAGAUGACAUCUUUCCUGGGUUGUAUAACUGACUCCUUGGAUUUAGAAAAAUAAUUUAUACUUCUUUAUUUUCUUAAUUAUCUCCAGAUUUCCAUUUCUAUUUAUACCCAGUUUUAUUUCAACCUACAUAGGCAUCUCAAAUGUUCUUUGCCUGUGUUGUGGUUAAAGCGUUCUUAUGGACCUCUUAAUUUUGAUUAGAGACAGGUAAGGCCAAUGGGUAACAAUUCAGAAAUUCAGACAUUUAGCAUUGGCAUGUGAGAGGCAAAUAUAAAUGAAACAUAAUGAUGGUACUGUCCUUAGAAAGAUAAGUCCUAUUAAAAGGAAGUGUGAAAAACUCUUUCCAAUGUGGGGAGGGAACUGGAGGUGGCUCCCUUUAGUCACUGCAAAGGCACAGGCAGCUCUUGGUGGUGUCAUCUGAUGAAUAAAUGUAACGGAACAAAGGAAUUUUAAAGUGUGGUGGCUUCUGAGGAGUACGGAAGUCCUAUUUUAUCUUCAUGAUUGAGUUGAAUUCCUGUGUGUUAGCAUCAGAUGCUGUUGGAUGACAAUGAUGACUGCCGAGGCCUAGAUCAGAGGCAGUAGGUGCAGGAGGAGUAUUGGAUGAUGCAGUCAUUUAGUGCAUAGCUUCAAAAUGUCACAUGGCAGAGUAGAUAGAUAUUGGAGAUGAAGAAGCCUUUUGGACACUGAUAUACAUAGGAUCAGCAAGGUGUGUGCUGUGGUUGCUCAAAGCACUAGUAUGCUAGAUAUAUAAGCCUAACAUAGUUUAGAUUCACUAUAGAAGAGUAACCUUUUAUGGAAGGUGAUGUGUUGCUCUGUGGGACCCUCCUCCCUUUAGUGAGCACCAUGAUGAGUAUAGUCCCAUGCUCUGGCCCUGUCUACGCCAUGGAUUCAUUGAGGAGUGGUACAGCAGUCAGUGACAGCAUUUCUGCUUCAGUCAGUCUGGUGCAAGUGUUCAUUGACUGAUAAAUGAAUAAGGAAUAUGUGCUAUAUGUAUAGAAUGGAAUACCAUUUAACCUUAAAAAAGGAGUGAAAUCUUGGCAUUUGCAAUGACAUGGAUGGAGCUAGAGAGUAUUAUAUUAACCAAAAGAAGUCAGAGAAGGAUAAAUACCAUAUGAUCUCACUCAUAUGUGGAAUAUAAGAAACAAGCAAUGGGAAAAAAAAGAAGACAGACAAAUCAGGGAAUAGACUUUUAACUAUAGAGAAGAAACUGGUCAUUAUUACCAGAGUGGAGGUGGAUUGGGGGAUGAGUUAAAUAAGUGAUGGGAAUAAAGGUGUGCAUUUGUUGUGUUGAGCACUGGGUUUUGUAUUGAAUUGUUCAGUCACUAUUGUACACCUGAAACAGAUAUGACAGUGCAUGUUAACUCACUGGAAUUUAAAUAAAACCUUUAAAAAAUA